GACUAGUCCAUCCCAGCUUGGUCCCUGGGGAUCUUCACAAACUCCCAAACUCCCCGCAGACUGGGAGUUGUAGCGGUGCGGUCUGGAGGCUCCGGUUGUGGACGAGGAACAGCCUGGAUGGACGGAGACCCUGGUCCUUGCACUGAGUGAAGACAUCCGCUGGCCAUGAAGGGUGGGAGAGUUUGGUCCAGAUACCAGAGGAAGGUGCUGAUCACCAUGAUGAUGUUCAAACUGGGUUUCCUCUGCACUGUAGCAACUGACAAGUGUUUAUCGUCUCCAUGUAACAAUGGCGCUACGUGCAUCGACCACCUGGGCGACUACGUGUGUGUGUGCCCCAAAGGCCCCGUGUGGUAUAUGGGGAAGCGCUGUGAUGAGCUCUACGACGCCUGUCUGAUGGCUCCUUGCACAAACUGCACCAGCAGACCAGGAACGGACCAGUUCACCUGCCAUUGCCCUGAUGGUUUCACUGGGCCCAGCUGUGAUCAGGAUGUGGAUGAAUGCCAAAGUGACCCCUGCAGCGGUAUCAAGUCCUUCUGCGUUAACCAGGUCAAUGGCUACUCAUGCCACUGUCUCCUUGGACAUGGGGGGAUUGACUGCCAGGACAAUGUGACCACAUGUUCAUCAAACACAUGCCAGAAUGGUGGCAGCUGUGCAGACCUCCCUGAUGUCGGGUACCAGUGUGAAUGUGCAGCUGGCUUCCAGGGCAGAAGCUGUGAGGAGAACAUCGAUGAGUGCCAGUCUGACCCCUGUCAGAACGGAGCCAUCUGUAAAGAUGGCGUGGGUGGCUACCAGUGUUUCUGUGUACCCGGGUUUCAAGGUUACCACUGUGACCUGGACAUCAACGAGUGUGCCUCCCAGCCCUGUCAGAACAACGGUACCUGUCUGGAUAAGGUGGACCACUACCUGUGUGACUGCUCUCGGGGUUUCAAAGGGAUUAAUUGUGAGGUGGAAAUCGACGAGUGCGAAGCCCAGCCUUGUCAGAACGGCGCCACCUGCCGAGACCACGUUGCCACGUACUCGUGUGAGUGUGUGGCAGGUUUCCAGGGCCCAGACUGUGAGGUCAACAUUGAUGAAUGUGCCAGCGCUCCCUGUCUGAAUGAGGGCGAGUGCAUCGACAGGAUCAACGGCUACGAGUGUGACUGUGAGGGGACGGGAUUCGUAGGCGUCCACUGUCAAGAGGACAUUCUAGAAUGUUCAUCAGACCCUUGCCAGCAUGGAGCCAUCUGCUCAGACAGAAUCAACCAGUACAAGUGCCUCUGCUGGCCAGGUUAUGAAGGAGAAAACUGUGAGGUGGAUGUAAACGAGUGUGAGCAACAGCCAUGUGAAAAUGGCGGUGAGUGCUUCCAGCGCUCAGAUGUCCGGAACUACAGGGUGCUUCCUGAACUCAGCACAUCUAACUUCAGCUAUGAGAAGGCAGCAGGCUUCAUCUGCCACUGCCUACCAGGAUUUACAGGAGAUAACUGCUCCGUGAAUGUGGACGAGUGUGAGUCUGCUCCAUGUCAGCAUGGAGGAAGCUGUCAGGAUCUGGUCGACUCUUAUCAGUGUGUGUGUCCAGAUGGCUUCACAGGUGUGCACUGUGAGGUGGACAUCAACGAGUGUGACAGCAGUCCUUGCCAGAAUGGUGCCACGUGUGAAGAUGCUGCCAACUCCUACAGGUGUCGAUGCCCCGUGCCAGCAAGGGGUGAGGAACCCUGGGGUGGACAGGACUGUGACGUGAGGCUGGUUGGCUGCCGGCGGCACCAGUGCCAGCAUGAAGGACGCUGCGUUCCGCUCCUCGCCGGGGACAGCGAGCACAGCUACAUCUGCUCAUGUCUACCUGGCUGGGCAGGAGAUCGCUGCAACACCUCCACCACCUUCUCCUUCACCACAGAGGGUUAUGUCCACAUGCAACUGCCCACCUUCAAGAGCAGGAUCAUACGAGAGGCUGGCACCAAAAGCCAUGGACUCCACGUGCAGCUUCGUUUCAGGAGCACUCUACCAACCAUGGUGCUGUUCUACCGAGGCACCAUGGGGCGUUUUGUCUCACUCGAGCUUGUUGAAGGAUCCCUCCUGGCCAAGGUGAAGUCUGGGAAGAUCCUGCAGGCCAUUUACCCUGGUUUGGUCAACGAUGGAGAAUGGUACCAAGUGACUGUGACCAUGGAUGAGAGGCUGGUUUUGGCAGUUAAAGGACCUGGAUGUGAAGAUGGGUGUCAUGUCAAGAAUGAAGGUCAAAACACGCUGCUUUUCCUAAAUCAGAACUACUUCCAGCAGCUUUAUGUUGGAGGAGCUCCUCAGGAAUACUUGGCUCUUUCAUCCAGUGGGAAGGGGUUCAUUGGCUGCAUGGAAGACCUGAAAGUUGACCACAAACUGUUGCUGCCUCAAGACCUCAUCAGGGAGGAGAACAAGGGAUUGGAACUGGGUUGUUACAAGUACGACUGGUGUCAGGACGACCCGUGUUCCCAGCAUGGAGAAUGUGUGGACUUGUGGGUUCGGAACAGCUGCAAGUGCCAUCGGCCGUACUACGGAGAGCGCUGCGACAAAGAAUAUCAGUCCUGGACCUUCAGCCACGAGAACACCACCAGCUACACCUCCUUCAACAUCUCAAAGAGCCACGGAGAAAACUUCACCAUUUCCUUUAUGAUGCGCUCCCUCAAACCCAACGGGCUGCUCCUGCAGUUCCUCCGAGAGGGGAAGUCCUACCUGAGCGUCUACCUGAAGGAGAGCGCCGUCGCCAUGUACAGCCCUCACACCACGCUGCUGUCGGAGGCCAAGUCAGUCACAGAUGGGGACUACCACCUGGUGACCAUCAGAGUCAACUACGGACACGUGGUUUUCCCUAAAGCAGGGAAUAACCGAGCCUUAGGAAACGUGAGCGUGGAGACGGGGGAUGUGGUUUUGGUCGGAGGGCUCCCUGAAGGCAACAGUGUGAACGCCUGGGGCGGGGGCUUCAAGGGCUGCCUGCAGGACAUCCGGCUAGAUGACACACAGCUGAUGGUUGGAGAUGUUUCAGAAGGGCUGGAAGUUUACCGGGGACGCUCGGAGAAGGUUCUGCAGGGUUGUCAGAGCGACAACACAUGUAAGGACAACCCCUGUUUGAAUAAUGGAGAGUGUCACGUGACCUGGAAUGACUUCAGGUGCACCUGUCCCAUUAACUUCUCCGGCCCGCUGUGCCAGACCCGUCUGUGGUGUGCUGAGCAGCCCUGUUUCCAAGGCAGUCGCUGUGUGGAGCUGAAGGACGGAUAUGAAUGUCUCACAGACGCCCUCUUCCAGGACAAUUCCCUCCAGUACAGUGCCAACAGCUCUCUGCUAGACCCGGUGACCAACAUCACCAUGGCCGUACGGACUCGUGAUGAGAACGGGAUCUUGUUGAGUGCUUCGGGCAAAGCUGGGAUCUUCUGCCUGGGAAUUCUGAACUCCAGCCUGCUGAUCAAACUGGACAGCGGACCCGGUGAAGAGCUGCUGGCCUUCACAAGUGACAGAACCAUUUCAGAUGGAGCAUGGCACCAGAUCCAGCUCAGCAUGGUGGACCCUGCGGUGUCUGUGUCACGCUGGCGCCUCACGGUAGACGGGCAGAGAGCUGGUGGCAGCUUUGGGGCUGGGGGGAACCUUAACUUCCUAAAUGACAGUAAGAUCUGGCUGGCAGAGAAAUACACUGGCUGUUUGGAUGAGGUGAGAGUGGGAGGAGUCUACCUGCCGCUCAUCAAGGUACCAGAUGCCCCUCAGUGGAGCCGCUUCUCCAGACUCGGUGGGCAUGAGCCAAUCACCGGGUGCCAAGGUGCACCGAUCUGUGAUUCCCAGCCCUGCAAGAACCAGGGAGUGUGUCAGGACCAGUUUAAUGAGUUUAACUGUAGCUGCAGCCCAGGAUGGGAGGGGGAGCUCUGCGAGCUGGAGAUCGACGAGUGCUCCUCAGCUCCCUGUCUCCAUGGUACAUGUAGAGACCUCCUAGCGGACUACCAUUGUGACUGCGAGCCUGGAUACAGAGGGAAGGCCUGUCAGGAGGAGGUGGAUAACUGCCUGGAGUUCAGCUGUGUGAACGGAGGAAGUUGCAUGAAGACCAUCGGGACUCACACAUGUGCGUGUCCUCCAGGAUACACGGGGAAGCGCUGCCAGCGGCGCUUCCCUCCAGUAGCGUGUGAUUCCAACCAGAGGUGUCUGAACGGAGGAGUUUGUAUUGGAGGUGAUUCUGGAGGAAACUGCACCUGUAAACCUGGAUACACUGGUGACAGGUGUGAGAUAGAAAUAGACGAGUGUGAAUCCAGUCCGUGUCACAACGAUGCCACCUGUCUGGACCGACUGAACCACUUCCAGUGCUUGUGUCCCCCGGGAUUCAGUGGGAAACUGUGUGAAAUCAACAAAGGGGAGCAUAGGGAGCGAGUUUCCUGGCUGGCGGUGACCAUCCCUCUGACCACUCUGUGUGUGCUCCUCGCCAUCCUCUCAAUGUUUUUCCUCAUCAUGACGGCAAGAAAGAAGCGUCAGUCGGAGGGAACGUACAGCCCCAGCUCCCAGGAGGUCGCUGGUGCCAGGUUGGAAAUGGGCAGCGUCCUCAAGGUGCCUCCAGAGGAGAGGCUGAUCUGAGGCCUGGAGCUCAGCAUCUUUUCUAGAGGAGAAACUGAUCUGAGACCUGGAGCCUCUGACUCAGUCUUACAUCCAAAGGAUGCGUAUUGAGGGCAGAGAGAACCUGAGUUCUCGACCAUCAUCCCACUCUGCUCUCCCUCCAAUCAGAGAGGAGAAUCACUGACAGGUCCUCUGUCUCUAACUACUAACAAUGGACUCUCACAGGAAAACCAGUAAAAACUAUUUUUGUUGAUUGCCCAAUAGGAGAGAGAGAGAGAGAGACUCUGAGACGCUAGAGCCUCAGAACACCCUCAGUGCUUCUGGACAAGUAAUUCAUCAUGUAAGACUAAAUUAAACUUAAAUCUAAUCUAAUGCAGAUUUUUCUUCAACGUGAUGAGACUGAAGGGAACGUGUGAGGAAGUAAAGCUCAUCCAUCCACCUUCGUGUUUCAUAACGGACGAGCUGUUGGCUUAACGGUGACAUUUUUGGGACACGUUUUCAAACCUUUGCCCCUGAACAGAUUUCCACCAGACAAACUGUUUUGUUUCCUGUUAGCCGAAUCAGACCACCAUAUCAGUACGUUGUUGAUGUUUUGAAGAGAAUGUUGUGAACAGCUACAGAGACGUGGUUACUCUGGUCAGUCGGACGAAGGGAGAAAAUCUAGUUUAAUUGUGACUGAAUGACGGGAAAACUGCUGAAUGAUUCUCAUGGUGUGGUAGACGACGGUUAGGCCUGUCUGUUAGUGGUAGUGCUGGACCCGCCCGUCUCCUCAGACUCAUCACCCGAUGAUGUUUCAGAUCAAAGUCACUUUUCAUGCGUUUUUACCUGAUGAGUGAGUAAUGUUUGCACAUUAUUUAGGCUCUUUAGUCUCGGUGAGUAACAUAAACAGACUUUUGCCUCGUCUGAAUCCAACCACUCCAACCACCCGCUGGCCUUUCACGUUUUACUUACUGGUGCUGCUAACUGGUCAGAACCAGAACCACACAACCGGAGUGCUUUCCCAGUAUGACGAUGCUGUUGUGUUGCUGCAUUAGUCGGACACACUGAACUCUUGGAUGUUGGACUGUAAAGAUGAGCCUACGGGCUCGGAGACGCAGGUUAUUCUUCUGUCCUAACGGGUGGAUCUGUUACACAUGGUGCGAACACGCAGGGCAGCCAUUAAACUGCUCUGAUCUCAGGGGUCUGCAGCCUGUCAGCAUUAUCUCUCACCAUAAAACGCUGCUAGUCACAGAUUUGUAUUAAAAGCAGGUGUUUAUAGAAAAACUAAAUGACAUUGACUCUGCUGUAAUGGAAAUGAUUCUCUUUCUCUUCAAUUUGAAGAACUCCUUAAUUAUGGAGCAAGUGACCAAACAAAUGCCAGCUACCCUCACCUCUCCAGCCACACAGAUCAUCAGACUUCUCUGACUGCUAACCAAGACUAACAGAGCUCUCAGGCCGACCAGUCAAAGUUACAGGAUGUGGACCAGGAGCCACAGCUUGCAGACCCCUGACCUGCCCACUAACUGCUAGUAACAAUGAAUCAUGUUAGAUAGUUAUCGACGACAAAGACCCCUCCUCUCUCAGAUGGUCUUUGAGUUAAUAAUCAGUCAGGAAGCAUCAGCUGGUGUUUGCUUGACCCAAACUUGUGGUUUGUAGAAUGUUUAAGUUCUGCAGAAUUUUUGAGUAACUUUUUACAGCCUGGUUUAAGGACAUCUGAAACUGUGUGUGUGUGUGUGUGUGUGUGCGCGCGCGCACAUGUGCGUGCGUGUGUGUGUGUGCGCGUGUGCAUGUGUGUGCGCGUGUGCAUGUGUGUGUGUGUGUGUGUGUGUGUGUGUGUGUGUAUGUGUUUUGUUGUGUACAUGAAUACAGUGCCCAGCAUAAAUGAGUACACCUCCUUUAAAAAGUAUGAAUUUAAUCAGUAGCUCAUGAACAAAAGUACAAUUUCCAGAAUGUUCCCAAGGCUGGCUCUUACUGAACGCUUGUUUAACUCCAUAACAUGAAGUUAAGGUUAAUAAUAAAACUUAGAUCACAAAAUAUUUAGUUUUAUUAAAACUGGUUGAAGCUAAAGUAAAAACACCCCACAACAGAAACGACUACAUCUAGUGCUUUGUAGGACAACUGUGAUUUUCAAGGACAGCACCAAGUCUUCUAGGCAUGGAACGAACAAGUUGGCGACAUGUUGCAACAUCUAUCUUUCUCCAUUCUUCAAGAACGUCUUUUAAAGCCUGGAUGCUGGAUGGAGACUGAUGCUCAACUUGCUGCUUCAGAAUUCCCCACAGGUGUUGGAUUGGGUUCAGACCAGGAGACAUACUUGGUCAUUCAGUCACCUUCACCCUGUUCUUCUUCAGAAAUGCAACAGCAGCUUUAGAUGUGUGUUCUGGAUCAUUGUCGUGUUGGAAAAGUGCACGACUACCACGCGCAUGGAGUACAAUGGCCCACAUUUGUGGGAAUAUUUUGUGUUGGUAUUUCAUAGACCGCUCAUAGCGGCCAAAAUGAGUUUCCUCCGUAGGGUGGCCGGGCUCAGCCUUAGAGAUAGGGUGAGGAGCUCGGACAUUCGGGAGGGACUCGGAGUAGAACCGCUGCUCCUCCGGAUCGAAAGGAGUCAGCUGAGGUGGUUUGGGCAUCUGGUCAGGAGGUCCCCGGGUCGACCCAGGACACGUUCGAGAGGUUACAUCUCCAAUCUGGUCCGGGAACGCCUUGGGGUCCAGCUGGAGGAGCUGGUGGAGGUGGCCGGGGAGAGGAUGGUCUGGAGCUCCCUAGUUGGGAUGCUGCCCCCGCGACCCGGACCCGGAUAAGCGGAAGAAGACGACGACGAUGGUAUUUCAUAGAAAAUGUUGAUAGUGAAAGGAAACAAAAGGUUUUCUGACAAACGCAGUAGGGUGUACUCAUUUAUGCUGAACACUGUAGUAACCAAAGGCCCAGUGUGAGUAUAAAUGGUUUGGUUGUUGUCUGUAGGUGGUUUUGUCCCUGACCUUUGACUCAGCCCUUCACUUGGGUCAGGCUCAAGUUUUAAUCCUGAAACUGCAGUUAUCAGCAUUUGGUCAUAUUUAUGAGUCUGUGCUGUCUGCUCCAUCACAGCACUUAGUGAAUAAUACCAAGCUGAAGUCAGUGAGUUGUUUCUGUCGUUGGGAGGAUGUUGAUCAUCUCAUCCGGUAUCAAGUAGCCCAUUGAAACAGGAUCGAUGUGCUUCCAUUGCCUCCAGCGUGAACCAGUCCUGUGACGAUUUUUGGACCUUCAGCCUCGUGACGUUCCUGUUCCAGGUUUAUGAGACAUGACAACAGUCCACCAGUCCUGGUGGUUUACGUGGAAACUCUUACUGAAGAGGAGAAUCUCUGUAUAGAAGAAACUCCAAAAAUAUUUUAAAGACCGCUAAUUAUUUCUGUUUAACGAGUCACUCCCCAAAGGUGUUUAACAAGUCACUCCCCAAAGGUGUUUAACAUGUCACUCCCCAAAGGUGUUUAACAUGUCACUCCCCAGAGGUGUUUAACGAGUCACUCCCCAGAGGUGUUUAACGAGUCACUCCCCAGAGGUGUUUAACGAGUCACUCCCCAGAGGUGUUUAACGAGUCACUCCCCAGAGGUGUUUAACGAGUCAAUCCCCAGAGGUCUUUAACGAGUCACUCCCCAGAGGUGUUUAACGAGUCAAUCCCCAGAGGUCUUUAACGAGUCACUCCCCAGAGAUGUUUAACGAGUCAAUCCCCAGAGGUGUUUAACGAGUCACUCCCCAGAGGUGUUUAACGAGUCAAUCCCCAGAGGUCUUUAACGAGUCACUCCCCAGAGGUGUUUAACGAGUCACUCCCGAAAGGUGUUUAACAAGUCACUCCCCAAAGGUGUUUAACGAGUCACUCCCCAAAGGUGUUUAACGAGUCACUCCCCAGAGGUGUUUAACGAGUCACUCCCCAAAGGUGUUUAACGAGUCACUCCCCAGAGGUGUUUAACGAGUCACUCCCCAGAGAUGUUUAACGAGUCACUCCCCAGAGGUGUUUAACGAGUCACUCCCGAAAGGUGUUUAACAAGUCACUCUCCAGAGGUGUUUAACGAGUCAUUUCCCAGAGGUGUUUAACGACUCCCCAGAGGUGUUAACCGAGUCACUCCCCAGAGGUGUUUAACGACUCCCCAGAUGUGUUUAACGAGUCACUCCCCAGAGGUGUUUAACGACUCCCCAGAGGUGUUUACCGAGUCACUCCCCAGAGGUGUUUAACGACUCCCCAGAGGUGUUUACCGAGUCACUCCCCAGAGGUGUAUAACGAGUCACUCCCCAGAAGUGUUUAACGAGUCACUCCCCAGAGGUGUUUAACGACUCCCCAGAGGUGUUUACCGAGUCACUCCCCAGAGGUGUUUAACAAGUCACUCCCCAGAGGUGUUUAACAAGUCACUCCCCAGAGGUGUUUAACGACUCCCCAGAGGUGUUCACAGAGUCACUCCCCAGAGGUGUUUAACAAGUCACUCCCCGGAGGUGUUUAACGAGUCACUCCCCAGAGGUGUUUAACAAGUCACUCCCCGGAGGUGUUUAACGAGUCACUCCCCAGAGGUGUUUAACGAGGCACUCCCCAGAGGUGUUUAACGAGUCACUCCCCAAAGGUGUUUAACCAGUCACUCCCCAGAGGUGUUUAAUGAGUCACUCCCGAAAGGUGUUUAACAAGUCACUCUCCAGAGGUGUUUAACGAGUCAUUUCCCAGAGGUGUUUAACGACUCCCCAGAGGUGUUAACCGAGUCACUCCCCAGAGGUGUUUAACGACUCCCCAGAGGUGUUUAACGAGUCACUCCCCAGAGGUGUUUAACGACUCCCCAGAGGUGUUUACCGAGUCACUCCCCAGAGGUGUUUAACGACUCCCCAGAGGUGUUUACCGAGUCACUCCCCAGAGGUGUUUAACGAGUCACUCCCCAGAGGUGUUUAACAAGUCACUCCCCAGAGGUGUUUAACAAGUCACUCCCCAGAGGUGUUUACCGAGUCACUCCCCAGAGGUGUUUAACAAGUCACUCCUCGGAGGUGUUUAACGAGUCACUCCCCAGAGGUAUUUAACGAGUCACUCCCCAGAGGUGUUUAACGGCAGCGUUGAGUGUGGAUCAAUUGAUCUCAGGUUGAAGGUUUGAGUUUAAAUGUUUUAUUUGUCCCAAGGUCUUUAUUCAACUUUAAUCGAUUGCUGUUGUCAGCUUUAGGAACUUUGAAAUGUUUUUAAAAUGUUCUUUUGAGUUGAACCCAUCAUUCGUUCUGAAUAAAUGUGUUCAUAUGAAGAUUAUAUUUGUUUAUGAAGUAAGAUGUAGACCAUUUGCUCUUGUGUGAAAGUGUCCCCACGAUGUCUUAGUUGUCUCAAAUUGUUCUAGAAAAAAAAAAAACUAAAGUAAAAUAAAUGUGACAUUUUCUUUCUUUUUAAA